AUGUCUUCCAACGCCAACCCGAUCACGCUCUCGUCCCUCCAAUAUGUCCAGCCCACGACUUUGAGCACGCUCCUCCUGGAUCCUGCCGAGAAGGCCAAGAUCGCCGUGAUAGACGUGCGUGACUCCGACCACAUCGGGGGCAACAUCCGCGGCAGCACCUGGGUGCCCCUGCACCAGCUGGACGUGAGAAUGCCCGAGCUGCUGCGCACGCUGAAGGACAAGGAAAAGGUGAUCUUCCACUGUAUGCUGAGUCAACAGAGAGGGCCCAAGGCGGCUUUGGCAUACGCGCGGGCCAAGCAGAGGGCGGACGCCAAAGAAGCCCGCGAGCAGGCGCAGUCGAAAGAAGAGACGGCAGAGGACGAGCAGGAGAAGGGAUCGCAGAAGCCGUCGCAGGAGAUUUGCGUGCUGGAGGGAGGAUUCGGCUCCUGGCAAGCGCGCUUCGGCGAGGAUCCGAGACUCACAGCAGAUUAUCAGCCGGACCUGUGGUUCUAA